AAGGAUGGAGCCGGGAGAGACCGCGGCGGGGCCCCUCAACCGGUCCCGAGCUGUGGUAGAGCUACCCCGCGGGGAGUUCAACCUCUCCGGGCUGCCAGAGGAGGAGGGGAAGCCCCUCUUUGGCAUCGGCAUCGAGAACUUCAUCACCUUGAUCGUCUUCGGCUUGAUUUUCACCCUGGGGGUGCUGGGCAACACCCUGGUGAUCACGGUGCUGGCGAGGAGCAAGCCAGGCAAGCGCCGAAGCACCACCAACAUCUUCAUCCUCAACCUGAGCAUUGCCGACCUGGCCUACCUACUCUUCUGCAUUCCCUUCCAGUCCACGGUCUACGUGCUCCCCACCUGGGUGCUGGGUGCCUUCAUCUGCAAGUUCAUCCACUACUUCUUCACCAUCUCCAUGCUGGUGAGCAUCUUCACACUCUCAGCCAUGUCCGUGGACCGCUACGUGGCCAUUGUGCACUCCCGGCGCUCCUCGGCCCUGCGCAUUCCCCGCAACGCACUGGUGGGUGUGGGGCUCAUCUGGGCUCUCUCCUUCGCCAUGGCCUCACCUGUGGCUCACCACCAGCGCAUCUUCCACCGUGAGACCAGCAACCAGACCUUUUGCUGGGAGCACUGGCCCAACCCACGCCACAAGAAGGUCUACGUGGUCUGCACAUUCAUCUUUGGAUAUCUGCUGCCGCUGCUUCUCAUCUCCUUCUGCUAUGCCAAGGUUCUUAACCACCUACACAAGAAGCUGAGAAACACGUCAAAGAAGUCAGAAGCAUCCAAGAAAAAGACAGCACAGACUGUGUUGGUGGUGGUAGUGGUUUUUGGCAUCUCCUGGCUGCCGCAUCACGUGAUCCACCUCUGGGCUGAAUUUGGAGUUUUCCCACUGACUCAAGCCUCCUUUCUCUUCAGGGUAACUGCACACUGCCUGGCUUACAGCAAUUCUUCUGUGAACCCAAUUAUAUAUGCAUUUCUGUCUGAAAAUUUUAGGAAGGCCUACAAACAAGUCUUCAAAUGCCAGACAGGUAACAAGUCACCUCUGAAUGAUGCUAAGGAAAAUAAAAGUCGGAUAGAUACACCGCCAUCCACCAAUUGUACCCACGUGUGAAUGUUGAGAAGGCCUGUGUGUUGGCUCUUCAUCAGUGUCAACUAAACACCAAGAAAAAGCACAAUGAGCUUUAUCCUGUGUUUAUCUUGAUAAAACUAAUUGGUAUUUAAUGUACAGAAGUUGCAUGCGUAGCAAAAGUCUGUCAAACUGGUAUGAAAGAAAGCUGGACUGAUCCUUUGCAUCUUAGAUAGCUUUGUCAAAUUAAGCUCUUGGACCUUUUUAAGAUAUUUAAAUAUUUAAAGAUUUAAAGAUAUUUGAGAAAAAAAUGUUGAGAUGAUAUGUCUAUGUUGUUAUUCACUAAGCAUACAAAUAUACAAGAAGAUGUUGAUAUGGACAGGUAACUUUCUGACAUCUUACUCCAUCCAAGUGAAAAGAUGGAUAAAUUUUCUGUCUUAAAGAUAAUAAAUACAGGGGUACUAUGAUUUCAGAGAGUAAAACUUUGUUCUCUCUUCAGAUUGUUUUGACAAUGCCUUUUUUCUUUUUAAAGUAAGCAUGGGCUCUGAUUUGGAGUUGAAAUAAGCCAUGUACAACUUGAGGCAAGUGCUUUAGAGAGGAAAUGCUAAUUUUAUCUGUUUAACUGAUUGUGAUGUGUCUUACUGAGCAAGGAUGGAUUGUUUUUCCACUUCAUAUGUCUGCCUUACUGUAGACACAGAACUUUUGUGUAUGCUAUAGAAGGGUUUUUUAUGGCCUGUGUGUAGUUGUACCAAAAAGUGGAUUUGUGUCUAACUGAGGGAAGCUUUUAUUCAUAUGUUGAAUGUGCAUGUCCGUGUAUGUUUUCUCAGCUUUAUAGACUUUGAGAUGGAGAUACAGUUUUAAAUGUGCAAUAUACGCAUAUGUUUUAAAAUAUUAUGUUCCAUAAAGCAACUCUAGACAAUGCUUAAGUAUUUAAAAACAGCAUUUCCUUAAAAGUUGUGGGGCUUGAUAUCAUAUAGUUUUAAACUGGAAAUAUACAGGAUGUUGCAUUUAAAUGAAUUCAAAAUAUAUAACAUAAAUGGUACAAUUCUGCAAGUUCUAAAAUAAAAUUUAUAGUUUCAGCAAUUUUAUAAAUAUAUUUAAUCGGUCUGUAAGUGGUAAACUGCUAAAGAAGUAGUGGAAGGGCCCUUAUCCCUUUGAGAACAUUCUUUUAGCUGGAAUAAGAUAUGAUUUUACCUUUUUUAUUAAUGACCCAUAGACUCAUAGAGUAAAUCGAAUUAAAGGAACCUCUGGACAUUGUCUCAAGGCAGGGGUACCUUCAGAGUUAUAUCACUUCCUUGUCUAGGCAAGUUCUGAAAAUUCCUAAGGAUGGCAAUUCAAUAAUAUUUUUGGGGCAACCUGUGCUGGUGCCUAAUUACCACUACUAAAGUAUUUUUUCUUAUCCAGAGUUGUGAUUUCCCUUGAUGUAUCUUGUGACCAUUGCUUUCUUCCCUUUUGCUGUGUACUGAAGUCUUCUUUCUAACUUACAAAUAAGCAAUUUAAGAUGGCAAUUAAAUUUUCCUAAAACUUCUCCUCUGAAACAACAUGUCACUGUUGUGUCCCACAUCCUCAGCCAGAAUAGUGGCCUUCCACUGCCCUCCCUCCAGUUUAUCCAUCCCUAGAAGAAAUGAAGAGUGUGUUCUGAUGUGGCCUCACAAGCACAGAAUAGACUAAUUGCUUCCCUUGACCUUUGGCUGAUUCUUGCUAAUACAGCUCAGUAUUAUAAUUUAUUACUGCAAGGUUAUGCUGCUGACUCAUUUAAUUUAAUUUCUGCUUUAGAAGCACUCUAGUCCUUUUCUGAAGAAUAGCAGCGAGUCCCAGUUCAAGUUUCAGAACUUCACUUCUGGCUUUGUUGAACAUCAUGCACUUGAUAGUGGUUACUUCCAUUCCUCCAGCCGAUCUGAAAGGCAGCUCUGCUCUCCAAAUAUCCAUCACUAUCCCAGGUAUGGUAUCAUGUGUAAAAUUGGUGAGAGAGUCCUGCACCCUUGUCCUGGUCCUUGAAGAUGCUAAGUGGUGUUGGCCAGAUGCUCUUUCAGAUUCCUUUUUCUCCACAAACUUGAUAUAAACAAAAAAUUAGUGCAACAUGGUGGAACAUCAGCUAUGGAGGGUUAGCACACAUAAAAAUAUUUACGUGUAUGUGUCAGUAUUGGAAUCUUGAAAUCAGUAAAAUGAUAUCAAAGACAUGCUAUUGCAUGUGUGGUGUUUGUGUCCAUUUGUUCAUAUGAAGAGAUCAUUUGGUGAUAAUGCUAGGAAAACAAAUUAUAUGGAAAAAAAACCAAUCUCAACUGGAGAAGAAUGGUUUAUCUAUGCAGGAAACCAUUUCCUGGGUUAGGAAUGAGGUUCAGAAACAGCCUAGAAAGAAGUCCCUUUGAGUUUUCAGAUCCUCUUCACCUCAAUCAUUCCAAUUAUUAAAGCACUAUUAGACUUCAGCUGAAUUUACAACAUGAUAGGAAAUUCUGCAAUUUUGCAAAUUAUUUUUUAAAAGAAAAUAUUUGUAAUUUUAUUCCUUUGAAUAAAAAUUACCAUGUAAAUCUAUAACUGUAUAUAUUUAACAAGAUGGAUUUAUUGUUUUAUCUGGAGAAAGCUUUUAUUUCUUAAUUGUACAUAAUUUUAAACUUAGGAGCUACAUCUCUUUGAAAUUUUAAAGAUGAGGGGAUGGGGACUGUAGUAACAACUUCUCAGAAAGGUCUUACCUCAUUCUUGGAGAGUAUCAGUAAAAUUUCCACCUCACUUUUCAGAGAAAUUUUAAGAACCAGUUCAUACCCCAAGGCUCAAUUUCCUUCUUAAAACACGCCUUUGUUGUUCCAUGUCUCUGGUGUGUGACUUUGUCAUACUUAGUGGUGACAAGAAAGUUGUGAAUAUAAAAAUAGUGUUAAUGUGUGCUGUCAACUGUGUCCAACCUUUAAGCAGCUGAGCAGUUGGUCAGGAAAGCGUCAUACCACAAUAAUGGAAGAUUUGAGUAGAAAAUCAGGGAAUGAUAAGAUCCCUUACAACUGAGUAUCUGCUUCCAAGUUCUGAGCUUACUGGGGGGAAUUGCUAUUUCUGGUGGAAAGCAAAGCAAAAGUCUCACCUCAUUGACUGUUCUAAUAAGGUUUUUUACAUCUUUUUUUUUUACCAGAAAGGUUAAUUUCAGUGUACAUGAAGCAAAGAAGAGGAGGAAAAACAGGUUUCUCUGGGUAGGGCUGAAUUUUCCACUCAUAAACAUAAUAUAAUUUAAUUCCACCAUGUUGUGUAAAUUUGAAAAUAUGCUGUACAAAACAAAAUAGUCAACAGGAAUGAUUACUCAAAUUCCUCUCAAACUAAAGCAAGAUACGUAUUUGUAACCAAGGAAAUUCCUGUAUUUCCCUUAAAAUUCCUUAAAAUUAUAUUUCUCAUGAAUUCUGAGAGUUGGAAACAGCUACUAAUAUAUUUUUUUAAUAAAGUCCCUAAAAUUUUGUUGUA